UCCUUAAAGACAACAAGAUACCUUCAGACCUUCUGGAUAAAGAGUUUCUGCCUAUCCUACAGGAGGAGCCCCUGCCGCCGUUGGCUCUUGUACCCUUUACAGAAGAAGAACAGGCAGAGGCAGAGGUGAAUGUGGUUUUUACCAAAGAAGCUUUGAUGAAGUAGAGGGUGUGUUUGGUCGAGGAGGUGGCAGGGAAAUGCAUAGGUCGCAGAGCUGGGAAGAAAGGGGUGACAGACGUUUUGAAAAACCAGGACGAAAAGAUGUAGGAAGACCAAAUUUUGAGGAAGGUGGACCAACAUUGGUGGGGAGAAAGCAUGAAUUUAUACGAUCAGAAAGUGACAAUUGGCGUAUUUUUAGAGAGGAACAAAAUGGAGAAGAUGAAGAUGGAGGUUGGCGACUAGCUGGAUCAAGAAGGGAUGGAGAGAGGUGGCGGCCUCAUAGUCCUGAUGGCCCUCGUUCUGCAGGCUGGCGGGAACACAUGGAACGACGGCGAAGGUUUGAGUUUGAUUUUCGAGAUCGGGAUGAUGAGCGGGGCUACCGAAGGGUGCGCACCGGCAGCGGCAGCAUUGACGAUGACAGGGACAGCUUGCCUGAGUGGUGCUUAGAGGAUGCUGAGGAAGAAAUGGGCACAUUUGACUCCUCUGGAGCAUUCCUCUCUCUGAAGAAAGUACAGAAAGAGCCUAUUCCGGAAGAGCAGGAGAUGGACUUCCGGCCCGUAGAGGAAGGGGAGGAGUGCUCCGACUCCGAGGGCAGCCAUAGUGAAGAAGCCAAAGAACCUGAUAAGACAAAUAAGAGAGAGGGAGAGAAGACAGACAGAGUAGGCGUCGAAGCUAGUGAGGAAACACCCCAAAUCUUAGCAUCAUCUGCUAGACCAGGUUCCCCUCCAGACCGCCCGCCUCAGGAAGCACCACAGUUUGAGAGGAAAGAGGAACCCCAGGCUGAGCAGCCAGAAAAAGCUGAAGAAGAGAGUCGGACGGAAAAUAGUCUGCCAACCAAAGUGCCCAGCAGAGGGGACGAAAUGGUUCCUGACGUACAGCAGCCUCUGUCUCAGAUUCCUUCCGAUGCAGCCUCUCCUCUCCUCAUCCUUCCACCUCCUCUUCCCAGUCCUAGCCCUGCCCUCCGGCCAGGUGAUACUCCAGUCAUAGGUGCUCCGGGCAUGGGCAGUGUUUCCACGGAGCCAGAUGAUGAAGAGGGUCUCAAGCAUUUGGAGCAGCAAGCUGAGAAGAUGGUUGCUUAUCUCCAAGAUAGUGCACUAGAUGAUGAGAGACUGGCACCCAAACUGCAAGAACACAGAGCUAAGGGAGUCUCAGUUCCAUCCAUGCACGAAGCAAUGCAGAAAUGGUAUUACAAAGAUCCUCAGGGAGAAAUUCAGGGUCCCUUCAAUAACCAGGAGAUGGCUGAAUGGUUUCAGGCGGGCUAUUUUACUAUGUCUUUAUUGGUGAAGAGAGCAUGUGAUGAAAGCUUCCAGCCUCUUGGUGAUAUCAUGAAAAUGUGGGGAAGGGUUCCCUUCUCUUCUGGUCCUGCACCCCCUCCUCAUAUGGGAGAGUUGGACCAGGAGCGACUCACCAGGCAGCAGGAACUCACGGCCUUAUACCAGAUGCAACACCUCCAGUACCAGCAGUUCUUAAUACAACAACAGUAUGCACAGGUUUUGGCUCAGCAGCAGAAAGCAGCCCUGUCUUCCCAGCAGCAACAGCAGUUGGCACUUCUUCUCCAACAAUUCCAGGCGCUGAAGAUGAGAAUAUCUGAUCAGAGCGUCAUGUCCUCAGUGACAAGAUCUGUGUCAGUGCCAGAUACUGGGUCAAUCUGGGAGCUUCAGCCACCUGCCUCACAGCCUGCAGUUUGGGAAGGUGGCAGUGUAUGGGAUCUUCCCCUUGAUACCACAACUCCAGGACCUGCUCUUGAACAGCUUCAACAGAUGGAGAAGGCCAAAGCUGCAAAGCUAGAGCAGGAGAGGAGAGAGGCAGAAAUGAGGGCAAAACGGGAAGAGGAAGAACGAAAGAGGCAAGAAGAACUCCGGAGACAGCAGGAGGAAAUCCUUCGGAGACAGCAGGAGGAAGAAAGGAAAAGGCGAGAGGAAGAAGAGCUUGCCCGAAGGAAACAGGAAGAGGCCUUGCGACGCCAGAGGGAGCAAGAGAUUGCAUUAAGGCGACAGCGAGAGGAGGAAGAAAGGCAGCAGCAGGAAGAAGCUCUUAGGAGACUGGAGGAGAGGAGAAGAGAAGAAGAAGAGAGGCGGAAGCAGGAAGAGUUGUUACGAAAACAGGAAGAGGAGGCUGCAAAAUGGGCCCGGGAAGAAGAAGAAGCCCAGCGUCGAUUAGAGGAGAACCGGCUGCGAUUGGAAGAGGAGGCAGCCAGACUUCGGCACGAGGAGGAAGAGCGGAAGAGGAAAGAGCUGGAGCUCCAGCGGCACAAGGAGUUGAUGCGCCAGCGGCAGCAGCAGCAGGAGGCUCUACGGAGGCUGCAGCAGCAGCAGCAACAGCAGCAGCUGGCGCAGAUGAAGCUUCCCUCCUCUUCAACGUGGGGCCAGCAGUCCAAUACAACAGCAUGUCAGUCCCAGGCCACGCUGUCAUUGGCUGAAAUCCAAAAACUGGAAGAAGAACGAGAACGGCAGCUUCGGGAAGAGCAAAGGCGCCAGCAGAGGGAGUUGAUGAAAGCUCUCCAGCAGCAGCAACAGCAGCAGCAGCAAAAACUCUCAGGUUGGGGGAAUGUCAGUAAACCCGCAGGUACAGCAAAGUCGCUUCUGGAGAUACAACAGGAAGAAGCCAGGCAAAUGCAGAAGCAGCAGCAGCAGCAGCAGCAGCAGCACCAGCAACCAAACAGAGCCCGGAAUAAUACGCAUUCCAACCUGCACACCAGCAUUGGGAAUUCUGUUUGGGGCUCUAUAAAUACUGGUCCCCCUAACCAGUGGGCAUCUGACCUAGUCAGUAGUAUCUGGAGUAAUGCUGACACUAAAAACUCCAACAUGGGAUUCUGGGAUGAUGCAGUGAAAGAGGUGGGACCUAGGAAUUCAACAAAUAAAAAUAAAAACAACACCAGUCUCAGUAAAUCUGUAGGUGUGUCUAACCGGCAGAAUAAGAAAGUAGAAGAAGAAGAAAAGUUGCUGAAGCUCUUUCAGGGAGUAAAUAAAGCCCAAGAUGGAUUUACCCAGUGGUGUGAACAGAUGCUUCAUGCCCUUAAUACGGCAAAUAACUUGGAUGUUCCUACAUUUGUUUCGUUCCUGAAAGAAGUAGAAUCUCCUUAUGAAGUCCAUGACUAUGUUAGGGCCUAUUUAGGAGAUACCUCUGAGGCCAAGGAGUUUGCCAAGCAGUUUCUUGAACGCCGUGCCAAACAGAAAGCCAGCCAGCGGCAGCAGCAGCAGCAGCAGCAGCAGGACUCUGUGUGGGGCAUGAACCACAGUGCACUCCAUUCAGUGUUUCAGACCAAUCAAAGCAACAAUCAACAAUCCAAUUUUGAGGCUGUACAGAGUGGCAAGAAGAAGAAAAAACAGAAGAUGGUCCGAGCAGAUCCCAGUUUAUUAGGGUUUUCAGUCAAUGCUUCAUCGGAGCGACUCAAUAUGGGUGAAAUCGAGACUUUGGAUGACUACUGAGCACCUGCCAGUGGACUGGCCUUCCCUCUCCUCUCUGCUGACCAUGGAUUCUCCACCUUUGGACACAUCACUUACUCACCUUUUACUCUAAUCACUCUGCAACAAAUCACAGAACCCAUCAUCUCAGGCUUUUUCUUCUAGCCCUUUGUGUCCAAGAUCCUUUAAACCGUUUCUGUUGGUGAGCAUCUCAGACUGUAGAUAAGUGGACCGGACCCUGUGUCUCGGGGGUGGCAGUUGGGAUUUCUCUCCAACAAGGCUGAUUUUGGGCAGCAAGUGUUUACUGUGCCGUGAUUUCAUCUACUAUUCCCAGAAAGUGUGUUGGGAUCUGCCAAUAGCAAUUUACUUUUUUCUCUUGUCACUUUUUUUCUUUUGUUUUUCUUCAUUUUAUCCCCCCAACAAGGGCAAGGGGUCUAACUGGUGCAAUCAUGAAGAGAGUUAAUGGUAACAGACAUUGGCCAGCUACAAAACGCCCAUGGACCAUGACUGAGUGUCCAACAGAGACAGCACUCUGCAGUCUGAAGGUCACAUUGCUAACUUUGGGAUUGCAUCAAAGAGGCCCUGAGUCGGGUGCAGUUUAGAUUGGAUUGGUUUGAUGUUGCACACCCUUCGCCUCUUCUUUCUGAGCAUCCUUUCGGAGAAAGGAUUCCUGUUUUCUUCAUUAGAUAGUGACUUCCAAGCAAGCCGACUUCUCCCCUGGCAUACUCCAGCCUGAUUGGACAGAGGAGAGCCUGUGGCCUGGGAGAGGGGCUUACUCUUAACUUUUCUUUCUUACAAAAACUGAUUUUCCCAUAAAUAUUUUUACUUCAGAGGACUAGGACCAGUUUGUUUUUUGGGCCUUUCUGCUGAAAAUUUGUCUCGUUUAAGAGGCAACUAGGAUCUUUACCAUAUGUAUGAAUUUGUAUAAUUUCAUUUUGAAUAGGGAUAAACUUUUGCAUCAGAUAAAAACCCGGAGUUUCAUCUGGUUCCUCAGAGCAUUGUGUGUGUGUCUUGCUGUGGCCCCGAAAAGGUUUUGUUUAAAGAUUCUGGAAUGGCAAGUUGCUUGCCUUUUCUGAAAAGAACAUACAAAACCUGACCAUCUUGCAGACCUUCAUCCAUGGAAACCACUAUACAGGAGGAGGCAGUGGGCUGGAGGGGACGGGAGAGAACAGGGAGAAGCCUGGUGCUGGCUUCUGGUCGUGCCUCCGCAUACCUCUUCCCUUCCAUGUAGAUGUGUUCAAGCCCUGUUUAUCAACAACACUCUUCCUGCCUCCAUCAGCCCCCACAGAACAUCACCGGACUGCCAGUCACACUAUGUCUGGAGCCAUUGGACCGUCCAUCCCUGUGCAAGAAGUGCUGUUUGGUGGCUCCUGGUAGAGCACCUUUUCUUUCUGUCGUCACUGCCUGAAGAGGCUGGAGUUGCUCUGAGAGCAGUUUAGUUUUGGAUGAUUAUAUUUGGUUUCUAUUUUUAUUCUUUUGGAUCACCAUUCUCCCUGUCCCUUCUUGCCUCCCUCCCUCCUAAACAUGUACAGUAACUAUACAGAGACUGCUAUAAACUUGUAUAUAGUUUUGGAUCAAAUAGCAUGAGGAGAUGGGGACCAUUUAAAAUUGGGACUCCUGCUCUCCUUUGCUUUGUAAAUUCAAAAGUGGGGGGUGGGGAAGAGGAAUAGUUAAAAUGUUUACAAAACUUUAAGCUCCCUCGGAACUUUUGCCAGUGUGGAGGAAAAUAAAAAAGAACUUAAAUAAAACCUGGUGGUGGUCUGUCUGAGCGCACCUCCUGUGCUCGCCUGGACGAGGCUGCGCUUUGCACACCGUUCUCUCGGUCCGUGGGA